UAAAUUUAAUAAUUAAACCAUACCUCUGGAGAAUAACUAGAGGCUGUCCUGUGAUAAGCUCACAGCACGCAGGAAACAAGCACAACCUUUGUGAUACACUGUUGAAUUUCCUUCUGAGACAUCACCCAGGCUGUGAACCCGGCUACAUCCUGGGCCUCAGUACAGUAACUCUUCCUAACCUGGGUCUGGUGUAGUCGGUAAUCUCUUUCCUCACUGCCAACUGCAGCACCAUUGCAUAACUCCUGGAAAGAAGCCUCUGCUGGAGGACUCCGUUCUAUACAAUGUUUUUAUCGGUAACCUAGAUGAACUCAGGGAGUAUUCAAAUGCCCCCAAAGAAAUUAAUAUACAUUGGAUAGGAAGAGAACUAUUCAACAAGUCUUGUGUAGCUUAGCAUGGUGAAGAGAAAUCACAUGCUGAAAUGUUCUGGAGAUAAAUGUGGCGUUCUAUGUUUGAGUUUGGCAUAACCGUGAGCAAGCCCAAUAGAGGGCAAAUGAAAUCUAUCAUGCUAGUUUCAAAACGGUCCAAGUACAGAGCAUGGCAGCCCCUCGGAAGUGAGUCCUUACUACUGUGAACCAAAUUUUCCUGAAUUUAAGCAUUUUAAAACCCAUGUCAUUGCUUUUCUUCCCACUUUAAGGUAGCUGCCUUCCUGAUGUCCCCAGAGCAGUAGGUGAUGAUGCAAUAAUGACUCUUCCUUAAUUAUGGUAUGAAGAGAGGAAUUGUAAAAUUAUGAGAAAAAUUGCCACGAUCAUCCAAGAAUUUAAAAUAUCAAUGGAACCAGGAAGCACGCCUUGGAUGGGCACUCCUGGAAGAGAUAGCAUCUCCAUGUGCCUAGAAGGAGACCUUUGCAAUUCUUUUCUAUGAAUCAUGUGACAAAGAUGCACCAAGAACUGCUUCUUCCAGUGAAGGAGACGGACUUCCUGGUUUCAGAGGAAAUGCAUUUACAGUGUUUCUUUGCUUUUAGACAUCCAGCCCAAGAGUUAUGUUGUACUCAAUCUUCCUAUUUUUCUCUACCUUUUGUUUUUCUUUCAUCAUUUUCGUUUUGAGAAUAAGUAUGUAUGGGGCCUUCCCUGUAUCCCAGACAUCAUGUUGAAUCAGAUCUAGCUGUGGCUUCCAAGCCAUUCUGGCCCAGAGGGGACUGUGACUUUGUGAUUGUGUGUGCUCAGUACGUGGCACAUAAUCAGCUCCCAAUGAUAGCCAGUGUUCACUGAGUGCUUAGGCACCAUGCUAAGUAUUUUGUCUAUUAGCUCAUUUCAGCCCACUGUCCAUAAAGUAGGUAUAGCUUAUCUUAGGUAAAACUGAGGCUUAGAGAGGUUAACAAGGAAACUUGCCUGAAGUUACACAGCUGACAAAUGAUGGAGUUGGCCCUCAAAUCCGCACUUGGAACCACUGCACCUGACUACUUCUCCAGAAGUAUGUGUUAAAUUAACAACUAAAUGCUUGACAUGAGAAGGAUGUAGGCCAAGCCAUGACAGAAGAUUGCAUCACAGUGAUCAGAAGAUAUUUCAUGGCAGAUUCUGCUUGAGGCAGGACUUAAUGAAAAAGAGCAAUGCAGAUCAGUAGAGGUGAGAGAAGCCAUUCCAGGCAGGAGUGAAGAGGUCAGGGUUGGCAAACACAGAUGGCCUCGGUUUGUCAAUUAUGGUGUCUGUUCACUGCUUCCAUGACCCUCUCCCACUCCACCAUGGCUGAUUUGAUCAGGGGUGUUAUGAACUGAACAAUGUCUCUCUCCCAAAUUCCUAUGUUGAAGCCCCAACUCCCAGUACCUUGGAAUGUAACUGUAUUUGGAGAUGGGACAUUUAAAGAGGUAAUUGCAUCAAAAUGAAGCUUUAUCCUUAAAGGAUGGACCACAUGGUGUUUGUGAGUCCUCUACAUUCUGUGCUGUGUCUGUAAGGGUAACACCAGCUGCUAUAACAAAUAAGCCUCACACUUCACCAGCUUAUUAUGAAAGAACUUUGCUUCUUGCUCAUGCACUAGUCUGUGAGAGGAUAGCUGGUAUAGAGGACAGUUUUCUCUAUGUGGUGAUUCGUGGACCCAGGUGCCCUCCAUCCUGUGAUUUCAUAUCCUUUAGAGCCUUAGAGUCCAACCAGCAGAUGCGGAAGAGGAAGGUGGGAAAGACACACUUGUUCCUUGGUCAUCUUGGCCUAGAAGUGAUACAUAUCACUUCGGCUCACACUCCAUGGGUGAGACCUGGUUUGUGUCUGUCCCUAGAUGUCAGGGGGCCUGGAGAGUAUGGCUUGGGAUGAAAAGAUCCUUACUUUAUAGAAAGGGAAUAGGAACACCUGGUGGAAAGCUGGCGGGUCCUCCCACGUGGUUGCAAUUUAGUUCUGAGCUUGUCUUCAGCCUCAGCUCCCUGCAAACAGUUGCCUUGUUUACAAGAGAAUCUGGAAGCCAGUGGUCCUAGUUUAUUGCCUGUAAUAAUUUUUACAGCUAACGAAAGGGGCCAUGGCUGCUGGGCGAAGCUCCGACAGUUCAGGGGAGUGGUGUUCACAGCAGGGGCUUGAAAGGGCCAGCAGGAGCCCAGGAGAAACAGGAGCGUGACUCCUGAAUUUGCAGCACAAGAAGGGGAGGAAGAGCUGAGCAGUCAGCAGUGUUCUGGAAUGAGGAAGCAGGCUGUCUGCUUGCUUUCAUUUCUUAGGACCAGGCAGUUAAAUGGCACCUGUACCAGCUCGGUAGACAUGGAGCUCUUCCUCCAUUACUCCCUCAUCCCAUCACUCUUCAUCAUUUUGAUCUUGUCCUUCCUCCAAAGACGAGAGUAUCGUAGACAGAGAGAUGAUACCUCUUACCUCCUGGGGAACCGCUUUGGAAUUAUCAUGCCUCUGGACUUCGUGGGCACUUUCAGUAACCGAUGGUCCUAUGGAAUCGCCUUUGGGGCCACAGCCAAUAAGGUCAUGUUUUUGUUCUCAGAAGGCUACCAGCCCCUGCAGAUCCCACACUGGGCCCAAGCCUUUGAGCUUCUGAUUGGAGGCCUUGAAGUUGGCCUGUCUCACUUCCCCUUCUUUGCCUGCCUCUCGUCGGAGUUCCAGCUGGUCAGCUCCACCCUGGGCUUCUGCUACUCUCUUAUCUGGUUUGCUGUCACCGUUCUUCAAGUUUCACAGUGUCCCCAUGGGCAGUUUGUGGGGAAGUACGAGACCCUUGUGUUCUACUGGCCCUCACUGCUCUGCCUCGCUUUCCUGCUGGGCCGCUUCCUGUAUAUGUUUGUCAAGGCUCUGAGGGUGCACCUUGGCUGGGAGCUCCAGGUGGAAGAAAAGCCUGUCCUGGAAGCGCACCAGGCAGAGCACGUCAAGCAGCUCCUGAGGACACCCCGCCCACAAGAAGAAAAAAAGUCUUGGUUCCAAACCAGGAUAUACGAGUGGGAUCCCUGCUUUCAAUUCCCAAGCAGAAUGAUUGGAACCAUUGUAUUGGCUUUCAUCUGCCUGUACCUUUUCAUUGUCAUCGAGUUCUGCAUGUUUGUGUAUGUGAGAGAUGAGCUGGACAUGUUUGAAAACAAGCUGGAGAGCUACAUCAACUCCAUGAACCAUUCAGGGAUCCUGACCCCAGGCAUCCUGCAGGUGAAACAGCUCAUCAGCGUUACCGAAGGAGUCUGGGUGGCAACCAUUUUGCCUGCCUCGCUCACGUGUGUGAGCUAUCUCUUCCACAUUUUGGUCUGUUACAGAAAGCACAUAAAGAGGCUCUGGGCAGGAGAUAAACACUUUCUGCCUUUGAAGUUCCAUAACCCGGCCUCAUCGGAGAGCGUGGUGGCCAUUGCAAGGUACUCUGGCUGGCAAAUAGCCUAUAUUCUAUGGGGCUACCUCAUCAUUCACGUGGUGCAGAGCCUAUGUGGCAUGGCAAUCAUGUACGGCCUGGUGCUGCCCAUCGUCCACAAACAGGGCCUGGAGAUGCUGCGAGGGCUGGGCAUCGGGAUCCUCACCAUAUCCAUUGUUGUGGGUCUCAUGAUCCUGCAGAUGUGGAUCGCCACCAGCUUCUUCCUACAGCCAAAGCUGGGCGCAGCUGACAAGCAGAAGCCCCUGGCUCUCAACAACAGGAAAGCAUUCCACAACUUCAGCUACUUCCUGUUUUUCUACAAUGUGCUGCUGGGCCUGGGUGCCUGCCUCUCCAGGCUGCUCAUCAGUUGCUUCCUGGGCAUGUGGCUGAUUGCCCGCAUUGACAGGACCAUCAUGCAGAGUGGCUAUGAGGGAGCAGACAUGGGGUUCAGUGCAUGGAUCGGCAUGCUCUACGUGGACCAUUACCACACCAACCCUGUGCUCGUCAGCUUUUGCCACAUUCUGAUCACAGAUCAUAGGGAGAGGAAGCUGCAGCAGACCACCAAAUACUGGUGCCUAAAUCAGUCGGCAGGUCCCCGUGUCUCAGCUAGGUCCAGAACAAGGUGGCUCCUGUUGCAGACCCUAAUCAAGAACCCAAGACUCGUCAUGCUCAGAAAAUCAAAAUUAGGGCACAGUUCCCAGGAGUCCCAAAUUCUGAUGACAUGUUCGGAGAGCUGAUGCUGGCCCCCAUCAUCUGCUCCAAGGCCAGGCUAGGACAUCUGCCACCAAGAGAGGGCUCAGUCUAACCAGCAGCUGUCUCCUGCAACGAAAUGGGAUGGCACAGGCACCAUCCAUGCAGACAGUAGACAACAUUGGCUACUCAUGGAAUGGCCACCUGGACUGAGGGAUGAAGCCUGACUAUUUUACUCCCUUGGCAAAAAAGAUUAAAAAACUAAAGAAAAGUCUGUUGAACAAACUUUGCCCAUUAAUGACUUCCACUAUCCAUUGUGGGUAGGCAGCCUUGGAGAGUUACCUGGUAAAAAGCACUUAGUUUACCUACAAGGCAGAAUUUUAUGUCACUGGAGAAGGUAGUAAAAUAUGUACAUCAGGAGAGUUUAACCAUCAGAUCCCAUUUUUCUCUGGAACAGAAUGUGGAUUUCAAUCCGACAGCAUCCUCAUUGCUUCUGUCUUGCCAGGCUUUAUCACAGAUGGGAAAGAAGGAACUCCAUGAUUCUGGCCCCCAAUUUUGUUGGACCUUUGCAGGCAUACAACAGGCUUUCUCUCCCAUCACCACUGAUAUGGGAGGGGAAUGGAUCAGAGCUAACUUGGGCCUUAGUCAUACAGCAGAUGCACAGAUUCUUUCUGAGAAGGGUGAGAUUACUUGGAAAAGCCACCUGUCUGAAGAUACAAAGACAGGGUGGGCAGGUAUUCUAGUGGGGGAUCACAAGAGUAAAGUUGUGUGAGCUAGAAAGCCUCAAGCAUGUUUGAGGAGGGUGAGCCAUGUGACAUGUCAGGUUACAGAGCUCUAGGGGCUGGCCAAGACCAUCCCAAGAAGGGCCAAAUGUCAUGCCAGGAGGCUUGGACAUUUGUC